CCAACGAGUUUGGACGCAUAAAUUACCAUCACUGCGACCCGUGGAAUUUUUUCGCACAAAUAGCAACAACAACAAAAUGUCGUCCGCCGCCGUUCAGCCACCACCGCCCGUUCCCCCGCCACCACCAUCGGCCGCACCUUCCGCCGGAAAGGGCAUCCACUCCAAGCUGUACAACGGGAUGAUUGGCGCCGCCGACAAAUUUGUGCCCGCCAAGCUGCGCCCACUGUGGAUGCAUCCAGCUGGUCCCAAGACGAUAUUCUUCUGGGCUCCCGUCUUCAAGUGGGGUCUCGUUGCCGCCGGCCUGAGUGACUUGGCCCGACCGGCCGACACCAUCUCCGUGUCCGGAUGCGCCGCCCUGGCUGCCACGGGAAUUAUCUGGUCGCGUUACUCGCUGGUGAUCAUACCCAAGAACUACAGCCUGUUUGCCGUGAAUCUCUUCGUGGGCAUCACGCAGGUGGUGCAGCUGGCACGGGCCUACCACUACCACCAGGGUCAGGAGAAGCUAAAGCAGGAGCAGCCAGUGGCGCAGAAUUAGAGACAUAUCAAAUCGAAUACCGGUGCUGUCCCCUUCAUAUAGACUUCAAUCGAACUCUUAUGUACAUACAAAUCCCACAACGCACAACGUAAACGAAAGGAUUAAGAGAAAGCUGUGCUCGCAGAUCGGGCAUCUGCGUUUUACAAUUUGUUAACCAUUAUUAUUUAUGGUACACCGCCUUAUCGACGUGAUUCGUAUUACUUAAGUUGUAACCGUGGAGGCUUUGCGUAUAGUUAAAUCGAAACGAGAAUGAUAAACCAAUAUAUUAUAAGACUUUAGUCACUAGAGUAACUCAA